GGGCGCUCCCUGACUUCAAGGCUGACUUUGGGGCUGAAUUCGGGGCUGACUCUUGCCUUCAGGCUGACUUGAUGGUCCUAUUGACGCGCUGGCGCUAGACGCUGUGGGCGAAGCACCAAGCAUGGAGGAUUCAAAAUUACUCGCCAAAGCCAACCACACCUUUUCCCUCAAUGAUAAUUGACAUUCCCAUUUCAAACAACUUAUUGAUGACACAAGAUUCACGACCACAGUUUAGUACUGCUUUGAGGCCAAUAUUAGUCGUUCACACUCCGUGGACGAUACACAGAAUUGCUUAGGCUAUCAUAAAGAUCCAGCGAUGACCAUCUGUAAAGGAUGUCAAGGCUUCAGGAAUCGCCUUUUCGACCCGAAGCCCUUACAAGAAGGCCAUAUUGUCAUUCACAAGAACUUUGCGGAGUUGUCAAAUUGUGCAGACACCUCUUGUGAUUUGUGCAAGUAUAUCCGCCGCGAAUUCAGCUACUACUCAAGUGACUAUGAAACUUAUAGUUUCAAUAGCGAGGAUCUUCAGGAUAUCCACAACGAUAUAAACGUCAACCUCUUCCUAUUUGAUCGGAAAGUACUUGAAGAUCGCACGAAGAUAGAAAACAGGUUGUGGCAGUUUUUUCUUGGACGACGGCCAGGGCCUUCCCAUUUCCAGGCCCAUAACAAUCACGUGAAGGACAGGUCGUUAAGUCAGCAGCGGAUCCUAGGAGAAAAUCUUGGCGUCGAUCGGCAGCUGUUCUUGUCCCGUAAGUGGCUUACGACUUGUACCACCGAUCACAAGAAUUGUGGUCCUCAAGCUAAAGAUGUUCCUGUUUUCCUUCCAACAAGACUCUUGGAUGUUGGCCAGCCUGGGGAGCAGGCAAUACAGCUAGUCCUUUCCGAAGAUCUCCCAAAGAGCAGAAAGAUUGAGUAUGCCACCCUCAGCUACUGUUGGGGUGAAGCAAAGAACGCAGCUUGUACCACAGAAAAGAACCUGGCAGCUAGACUUCAGAAUGGAUUCUCCACGGCAUCAUUGCCCCAAACGCUACAAGAUGCUAUUGAAAUCACUCGUGCCUUGCGUAUAAGGUAUUUGUGGAUUGAUGCACUUUGCAUUAUACAGGUCAAGGAAGGGGUGAAUGAAGACUGGCAACGCGAAUUUCCCACUAUGGGAAAGGUAUAUAGGCACUCGCUAUUCACAAUCGCAGCAAGUGGUGCGAAGGAUAGCAGUGUGGGAUGUUUUCACCGGAGUCAAAAAUCCCGUUGGCCAGUCCAAAAUUACUCCCUCUUCGACGAGAAUAGAGCACGUGGGCCAGACAAUCCUGUGAUGCUGGAAGCUACCCUACCAAACUGGAACAUCGCAGUGGAGCACUCGGAACUUGCUAAGCGUGGAUGGGUCUUGCAAGAACGUAUGCUCGCAUCACGGACGCUGUUCUGGACCGAAGAUGGUCUCUUUUGGGAAUGCAGCGAGUCAAAGGCCUCCGAAUAUGAGGCAAGGGUGCUGUACUCCAACAGGACGUUUCCAAUACUGCAUGAACUAGCCGAGAGCGUUGCGGGAUAUAAGCGCAACAGCAGGUAUGAACAGAAGGUCUGGACCAACGUUUUGGAGGAGUUUUCUCAGAAAGCGCUUACGGUGGUGACGGACAAACUGCCAGCUGUCACGGGAUUAGGGGUUGAACUCUCAAUACUUACCAGGCAGGAGUUUAUGAUGGGUGUCUGGAGGCACAAUUUGGUGCAAGAACUCGCUUGGGUUGCGGAUUUUUCUUUAUUGGGAAAUGAUAUUGCUGUCGACCCGCAAGCAGAUCGGUUACCCAACACGCCAUCAUGGUCAUGGGCAUCAAUAAACCAGAAGGUGCACUUCAAGCCUGGACGCCAUGGUUGGGAGUGCGAAGAACUGGUCAAAAUCGACUUAGUGUCCGUUCCAAGCGUUUCGGUCGAUACACAAUUACUUCAAGUUCGCGGCCGUCUAGGAGAAUUACGUGUUAGGAAGAUCAGAACCAAGAUUCCAUUGUCAUAUGAGCUGGUGUAUCAUCCUACUCGGUGCACAUUCCAGCCACUCAAAGCCCAACAAGACCAGGACUUGCAUAAGACGACCACAGAUGUUGCAGUGCUGGAUACGCUUGCGGACGCACUUCCUGAAGAGGGCGGAACUAUUAGGUGCCUCCAAUGGAUGAAAUGGGAAGAUCAUCUCCGACAUUCGACCGUUGGAAACGAAACACGUUAUUCCAAGGUGAGUGGUGCUCUAAUUCUAUCUCAGGUUGACAAUAAGGGAGAAAUCUACCGCAGAAUAGGCUGGCUGGAAGUCGUGGAUGAUGAUUUCGUUGAGUGGGAGAACAAGAGCAUUAUUCUCGUUUAAGCACGAGCAGGAUAUAUCCGCGUUUCUAGUACAUUUCAAACAUUGAAAAUCGGCGGCAUGGAGCAUUACGCCGAGAAGGCAAUCGCGUACGGGAUGUCGAAGGCAGCCCUCAACUAUGCUGUGCGCCGGCUUCAUUUCGAACAUCCCGGGAUUACUUGCUUAUCGCUGCACCCUGGCUAUGUCAAGACUGAUAUGGGUAAAUAUGCG